UUCUAAGUUCAUCUUCAGCAACAGCAACGUACCAGCAGCUCGCAGCAACGCACCACCGCACAAUCGCCACAUCCGUCGUCGAUCUCCGUGUGGAUAAGUGCAACUCCAAGAAGAAUAACUUCGCCCUCAAGCCGCAUCGACACGCAAGAGUCAAUUUCGAAAAUGAUGAACAACUUAAUCGUCCUUGUCACGAUGGCGCUGGUGGGUGUUGUGCUCGCUGCGGGUAGACCACAACAACAUUAUAUGGACGCUUCUAACCAGGACCUUACCGACGCCGGAAUGCCGAUGUUAAGUCAGGAAGAUAUGGCGCACUUAAAGCUUGGCCUCUGGCAGAUGUUGAUCGAUGCUCAAGAAUACGCGCGUCUGAGGAAUGUCAUCCCCGUCGAGGAGCGCCUGGCUGGUGCUGAAAACGACGAACCUGCCGUCGACGGUGAGAUGCCGCGACGCAUCUUCCCCUCGACGGAAAUAUUUGGCUCACACCCCGUCAAAAGACAGCAGGGCAAACGUCUUAAAUGUUACUUCAACCCGGUUUCAUGCUUUUAAAUCUCAUAGCGCGCUCGAUUAUUUCCUUCUCUUACUUGUCUCUGUACGGAAAUAAGUGAAACAAUCAUUUGUUCCCCCACUGUUACUAGAACUUAUCACAUAAGAUUAGAUGACUGUUUUAAUCACGUAUAAAUAUUCAAACUGAGAAUUGUAUAGUUUUGGCACCAUUACAUGAACCUGAAUCUUUUCGUGACUAAGAAUAAAACCACCGACUAUAUAAGUGAGCACAAAA